GUAAAGUAAGGAAAAUGUAAUUUUCUGAUAUUGUUAAAUUACAACAUGAUAUCAUUCUAACUUUAGGAAUGGUUAUUUGAACAAUUGUUUGAUAUAUACAUAUAUUUGCCUGUAUCAAUUAGGCUGUAUAGACGCGAAGCCGUUCUGGAGGGAUUUUUAUGCAUGUAUAACUUCCAACAGUAUAGACAUUUUAUUUUCCGAUGAAUAACUAAAUGACGUGUUGACUCAAUGAUAAUAACUUUUGCUAGAUAUGAUACAUACUUCAGUUAAUUUUACACUCGAUAUAUCAGUGAUAAUUAUGUAGAUACAGAUAGCGGUCAAGGUCGUUAUAUAGGUCCUGUUCACUUCAAGGUUUAGGGUAGGUACACAUGACAUGUUUGUAAUCUUUCAUAAACUCAAACAUGAUCAAAAUAUUUUUAGAUGAAAUCUUGAUAAACAGCCACAGGAUGCCGUUGAUAUUCAAUCUUUAGUAUUAAUCUCUUAGACAUAUAUCUAUGUCAACAUGAAAGCAAUGAACUUCAUCAUACCGAUUUCUUGUGGUAUCAUUUCAUUACUAUUUGUGGAUGCAAAACCGAAAAAGCUGCAGUGUAAAUUUCCAACUCAGUGGCAAAGUAAUGUGUUCUUUGACUUUGAGAUGAUGGUCGUGGCUAUCAAUCAGAUCAAUGGAUCAGGGAUGUUUUAUUAUGACUAUACCAACCAACAGAUGAGAUUUGACUUCACUGGAGUAGAGCGAGCGGACAAUUCUUCAGUAGACUUCAGUCUCAUAUGGAAGUUUAACGAGCCAGCCUUUUACACAAUUGACAACUCCGAUCAUAGCUGUGAAAGAGAGGAUGGUGUUAGUUCCUUCUGGGACCAAUGGGAAGGUAUACCAGCUGACGCUUCACCAGAAUAUUUCGGAGGCAUAGGCGGGUUUAAAGAAAUCGUUGGACAGUACCAAUGGGUGAAAAAGGACGGAGGACCACUGGGAAAACUGGCAAUUACAAUGGAUGUCAAAGUCGGCGAUGUUUGUCCUCCAGUCCGUUUGUUGAUCCGCGACCAAAGCCAGAUUGCGUAUGGAACGUUUGCCAUUAACUACGAGUUCUUGGAUAAUACUGGUUUAAAGAACCCGGAUGUGUUUUCUCCUCCUCGGAACUGUAACAACAACACACAAUCGAGGUACAUCAACAUAUUGGCUGCCAUUUCGAGAGAGUUGUUUGUGUAAACGGUAGAUAAACCUGGUCUUCUUCAUCGGUGAUAAUUAUAACAUAAAAUCCUGUUCUUUAUUACACAAGACGGCGGGGAAAUACAGUAGAAUCGUACGUUUUAGUGAUGGUGUAAUUAUCGAUUUCACUUAUUUAUUUUUCCAUUUCAUUCCCCAAAUUGAUAACAUGAACAUGACAAUUUCUGUAUUCUUUGUUUAAUCAUUUAUAUGUAUUAUACAAGUAAAACGUUCAUUCGUUGA